CUUCCGCCUUCUUCAAAGCUACUUCCUCGUUUCCCGGGUUUUCAAACCCUUGGGCGCGAAAAGAGGGAGCGACGCUUCUGAAACGCUCAGUGGUGAGUCGAGAAAGCGCUUCAAGUGCUGGUGGGUCCGGGAGGGUGAGUUUUGAGCCUCUCGACUUUCAGAUAAACGCCUUCGCUUGUCUUUAAGGAAAGUGAGCCAGUCCUGAAGCAAAGGGCAGCCUUGCAAAUGAGUUUCAACCGAGUUCCAGACAAGUCCUUGCUUACGUGUAUUUAGAUGGAAGUCUAAACUGAGAUAACUUGGUCUUCACGUUUCAGCAAACAGAUUUUUAUACAUUAUAUGAUUGUACUAUCAGAUCAAAAUGUCUGGUAAAGCAAAUGCUUCCAAGAAAAAGACUCAAAAGGUUAAAAGAAUUUCAAAAAGAAGAAUUGAUGAGGAAGUGGAGUUAGCAGAGAAUGAGGUUCGAAACACUGCUAAAAGAAACAAGCGUUUUCCAAAGCUCCCAUCCUCUGAAGGAAUAGAACAAGCAAAGCAUAUUAAACUAAAACAGAUAAAAAUAGCAUCCAGCAAGAGAACAACUUGGCAACCUCUUCCAAAGAAUACUAGAGAGCAUUUGCAAAAUAUGAUGGAAUCAGUAAUACUAGCAAUUUUAAGCAAUAGCAUUAAGGAAAAAGAACAAAUUCAAUACCAUCUCAACUACUUGAAGAAAAGAUUACUACAACAGUGUCAAACAUUGAAAGUCCCUCCCAGAAAGCUGACCUAUUUAACUAAUGUGUCAGAUCUACUGAAAAAAGAAGUGGCACAGGAAAGAGCUAAUGAAGAAAGUCGGGCAUCCCUGCAGGAAGAAAUAGACAAAAUAGUAGAGACCACAGAGUCAAUGACCGAGAAUAUUCAGAGCCUAAAGAACAAAAUUCAGAUUCUGACACAGGAGGUAGAGGAAGAAGAGGAGAAAGUCAAAGAGGUGUUUCACAUGGAUAGUAAUAGGGUGCUGUCUCUUCCAGAACUUUCUCAGAAAAGUCUUAAAGCACCUACACUUCAAAAUGAAAUUUUGACGCUAAUUCCGAACCCGAAUGCUCUUCUAAUGGAUUUGGAUGUUCUGCACAAUUCAUCCCCAAUGAAGACCAUGUCAGCAUUCAUUCAGAAAGCCUAUGAGAAACUUGAUGGCUUUUAGAGUGCUUUUAUGGUAUUUUCAAAAAUUGUUCCAUGUUAAUUUACUGUUCAUGAAUUUGUAAAACGUUUUUCUUUGUGGAGACAGUCUCACUCUGUGCUGCCCAUGCUGGCCUUGAAUUCAUGCCAGUCCUGCCUUAGCCUCCUGAGUGCUGAGGUUAUGAGUGUGAGCUAGCACAUCCACACCGGACUUAGGAAACCUAACCUGUAUUGAUGUUACAAAGCUGAACCUUCUGCGGGAUUGACUAUACUCUGUUACGCACUUUCAAAUAGCCUCUGUGGGCCUAUCAUUAGUAUCUAAUGUAAUCCUGAAAACUUUGUUUAUAUCAGUUCUAAAUAUAAGAAACCCAUAUUUAUGCUGCUGUAUCUGUGGAUAUUUGCCUAAAAUCAUUAGUAAGAAUGAUUUUAAAAAUAGAAUAAAAAGGCCAUGGUCUGA